AUGCUGCGACCUCGCUUACUAUGGCUUCUAAUAAUUUCGGUGGUUUGUUCGUACUGCGGAAAGGAUUUUCAGGUGCUAGGCCGCCACACAUGGCGCUGCAGAAAAAGAUUGCCCGAGAGUGCUGGACCAAACAACACGAUUAAUAUCACAUCAGAGUCUGACAAAAAUGCCCUCCAGACGUCGGUUAUAGUUAAAUGUGUCUGUGGGAAAGAAUGUUCGGGUGCUAAAGGACUGAAAAUGCACCAAAGACGAUGCAGAGUAAUUGAAGGCCUAGAGGAUCAACCGUUGGAUUUUGAAAAUUCAAAUAUUGGCGCCAACCAAUCACUGAUCAGCCAUACGGAAGUGACAACGGAUACACUUUGUGAUUAUGAAAUCAAACCUGGUGUACGUCUGCCUAAGACUGAUGAUCAAUGGAAUACUGCUAACAAUUAUUUUAAAUCUAUCUUUAUUAACACUAAAAUUGAGAAAGUCUCUCUUGAUUCCACGAUUAAAUUCAUGAACGAUUCAAUUUACAAUUAUUUUAAACAUUCAUACGGAACCGUCAACGGAACUCGUGAUAAUGAUCUACUUAUCAAAUAUAAGGACUGCUCCAAACAAUCACUCAAGAAAGAAUUAAAACGUCUGAAAUUGUCAAGUGCUCCACCUACUGAAAUUAAAUUUGUAUCCCGCCUUCUUCGAUCAAAACUCAGCCAGGAUCGUAACAUAUGCAGCUCUGCAACAACAUCCCAAGAUUACGAUAAGCUCAUCUCGAAGAACCUCUGGAGUUUCGUUAAAAAUGUUAUCGAAAAACAAUCUGCCGUUCUGCCAUCAUUCUCUGUUAACCGUUGUACACAAUUUUUCGUUAAAAUGUUUUCAGCAGUCUUCCCAGACCGGCAAUUUGUCAUACCUCCAUGGAUUCCUUUUCUUUCUCAACCUUCAGUUCCAUUUGAUACACAACCCCCGUCUUAUGAAAAAGUGACAAAAGUUAUUCGCAAAAUGAAGUCAGCAGGAUCUCCAUGCCCUUUGGACAAGAUUUCUAUUAUUUGUUUCAAGAGAUGCCCUUACCUCCGGUCAUUUCUGACUGAAAUAAUACGUGUUGUGUGGACCACGGGCCACGUUCCUAGCGAAUGGAAAAAAGCUUGUACGGUUUUAGUCUAUAAAAAAGGCAGCAUUGAUGAUCCGGCAAACUUUCGACCUAUUACCCUCGAGUCUGUACCGCUGAAAAUAUUUACCUCUUGCCUGCGUGAUGCUCUGUUUUCCUUUCUCAAACAAAAUAAUUUCAUUGAACACGAGAUCCAGAAAGGGUUCACUCCUAACAUCUCUGGAGUGCUGGAACAUACUUCACUGAUGGCCCAUAUUAUCAAUAAAGCACGCAUAAAGCAACGCUCUGUGGUUGUCACUCUUUUGGAUUUAAAGAACGCAUUUGGAGAGGUCCAUCAUAACUUAAUCAUUAAAGCUAUGGACUAUCAUCACAUCCCUGCUCACUUUCAAGAUCUCGUGUCUAAUCUUUAUACUGAUUUCCAUACUUCAAUUAUAACAGAUAAUUUCAGGUCUCCGGCCAUUCCAGUCAAAAGAGGAGUACUGCAAGGGGACUGCCUCAGCCCUCUCAUUUUCAAUUUAUGUUUCAACACCUUUAUUCAGCUGGUAAAACAAGACAAAUAUAAACAACUUGGAUUUUCUCCUCAUGACGGCAAUGAUCGCUUGUUUAACCCGGUUCACUGGUUUCAAUUCGCUGAUGAUGCUGCAGUUGUCAAAAGUGAUGAACGCGAAAAUCAAUUAUUGCUAAACUGUUUUACAAGAUGGUGCCAAUGGGCAAAUAUGAUCAUCCGCGUAGACAAGUGCAUCACCUUUGGAAUUAAAAAGUUUGCAACUAGAUCUGCACAGUUUCAGCCUAAACUCUUCAUUAACAACGAUCCUGUCCCUUUUGUGAAACAUGGCGAAUCUUUCAAAUACCUGGGUCGUUUCUUCAAUUAUGAUAUGAAGAACCAGGAACACAAGGAUCACUUGACCUCUUCUCUCCGUGAGAUGCUCAAAGUUAUCGAUUCCUUGAAAAUUCACCCGCGGAACAAAAUUCUACUGUUUAAUCAAUACAUCCUUUCAAAGCUCUCUUGGGAUCUCACAGUUGCUAAUCUCUCCAAAACGUGGGCUCUGGUCUCCAGCUUAUAUUCGGGCUUCAAGACCUCUAUCCUCACAGAUACAUUCCAAACCCCUGCCAUUCCCGUUUGUCGUGGUGUUCUUCAAGAUAUGUAUUGUCCAAAGUUUCUUGGCACUUCACUGUUGCAGACCUAUCGAAGACCUGGGUCAUUGAGAACCUCGAUAAUCUUGUCUCUAAAUACAUUCGCCAGUGGCUUGAUCUUCCCAUAA